GAAAUUGAAAGUUCAAUUGUUUUUUGCAAAAGAAGUGCCAGUUGUUCAACGAAUUGGCGAAUUUUCUUGCUGAAAAUCUAUAUUUGGUAAUGAUGACGGAACCGCCGCUAGUUCUUUGCAUGGAGAAUGUGAAUGGUGAAGAGGUGUCCCUGCAGAUAGAGCCAGGAGACGACUUCCACACCUUCCUGCUCAAAGCCAAAUCUCUGCUAGGCUACGAUGUGGACAUCAACUCCAUAACUCGCAACCACCCUGUAACUCUAAGUGACAAUGUUUACAAAUUCCUUCUCAACACUGAACAAAGUCUCACUAACGACCUGAACGAGCCCAUACUUCCAACAGUCAACGCUGAGGACUUGUAUAUCCUCGAUGACGGCACCCAAAUACGCGCAUCGCAGAUACAUUUUGACAAUGAAGAUCCCCCAGUAGACCUGACGGCAGAAAGGAUACCUUUCAUCAAAUACAAUGAUGUUAUCGACGAUUCUGAACGCAUCGAAGACUGCAUUGAAGUUGAGAAUAAGAUCUACAACAUUGUUGAAAGUCCUGUGAGGUUUAACAAAGACAAUGGAAGCAGCUUCGUGAUACCUUUCAAACUUGUCAGCAAUAACACUUCUGGGUUCGAAGCACAGUUCACUAAGUUCCUGGAGACUAACACGAAGACUUACGCGACGCUGAACCCUGUCGUUAACCGUAACAAGUCUCCUAGAAGCUUAAUCCGUGACAACUAUAAAAAUUACGAUGACAACUUCCAAAGUCACAGAAGGAAUGACGAAUUCACUCAUUACACUCGCGAAGAAAUCCUUAACAUGUUCAAAGAUUCUCCUGUCGCUUCGUUGCCGUACGAUAACCAGGGUUUUACGGAGAAACGGAGACAUGUGCGGAAAUCCGAUCCUUCGAGACUCGUCCACAAGAACUGGACGAAACCAAUAUCCUAUGUCGAUGUUGACGGGGUUUUAAUAGCUGAAUCCGAGAGCCAGAACUGUUUUAUAUGCGAUAAAUACGUUGAUAAUAACUUGGAUAAACUUUACCUCUUUGACAACGAAGACCAGAGACUUCACAGAUCGUCUCCCCAGAAGAAACUGUCGACGCAGUUGAAAAUAAUCUGUGAACAAUGUUUGGAAGAAAAUUUCAAGCCGUGUCGAAUGAAAAGCCCAAAUCAGUCUCUGAACCCUGACGAAUACCUGGUCAUAAAGAACAACCAGCAAUACAUAUUCCAGAAAAUAAACUCGCUAAACUUCAACGUUUAUAAGAAAUUCUCGAACAACAAAAUGGAGUCGAGUUUCUACAAGAAGGACGAGAAAUCGGAGUUUGUGAAGGUAGAGAUUGGGUCUGAUGGUGAAAUAGUCGCGCAGCCGUUGCAAAAGGAUGAUGGUGAAGUGAUCGUCGUGAAAGAUGAAAGGAAGGAUAGUUCCAGCGAUGUGGAGAUUAUAGAGAAUGGUCCCGAGAUCGAUGAUAACAUAUUGGACAAUUUGGAGGAGGCUGAUGAUGAUGUUAAGGAGUUCCUUGGCAAAUACCAAUGCGACAGUGAUGAGUUAAAAGAGUUGAAAUGCAGAUUUUGCGAGAAGGUAUUCUCCGAAGUAUCAGAGGUGAUGGAUCACGGAGAAACUCAUAAGCACGUGUUGGACGAUGGCGAGGUGUUUCCGUGUCCUCUGUGUGAUUAUGGGUACGCGAACUUCAAAUGGCUGAAGGGCCAUCUAAAAGCAGCACACUGCAAGGAUAGCCAAGUCAAGACCGAGGAUAAAGAAGAGACUGAUAAACCUGCAGAUGAAGACAAGAAAGAUACAGAGACAGGAUCCCCCAAGGACAAAUCAUCACCGAUCGCAAGUCGCACCCGUAGUGCAGUGAAGAACGUUAAUGGUGAAGAGGCGAAAGAACCUCCAGAAAAAUCCGAAAAACCUGAGGACACCCAACAGUCUUCCAUUCAGUCUGAAUCGGGCUUCGUGAUAAAGACAGAAGUGAAGCAAGAGUGCCUGGACAGCAGUGAUGAUGAAAUCUGGAUUGUGCAGACGGCGGACGAUGAAGCUGAUAAACAGUUGAAGAUACUCCUCGAUGCAGCUAAGAAUGACAAAGAUGAUGGCCGUAAAAAAUAUCGGUGUGACAGUUGCAGCCAAGUCUUUAUAUCCUCGGAGAGUCUCUCGGUACAUAAGUGCCGCCGGCGCGGCCGGAAGCGGAAACCGAGCAAGGAUGAGAGCGUCAUCUGUGUGCCAACUAAAGAAGACUUUAUUAAGAGGGCUCAGGGAAGAUUAAGAAAUGUUGAUGUAGAUUCUGGAGAUAAUGAUUUACUUAUUGUGAGGCCUCGAAAGAGAAAGAACAAGGAACCUACCUCGGACCCGCAGAUUGUGACCUGUCAUGACUGCAACGAAUCAUUCACCUCCAAAGUGAGGCUCAAGUUUCAUAUGCAAUUCCACGACACGACAAGCAUGCUCAGCCCAACAGGGGAAUACACUUGUCCGGAAUGCGAGAACACCACUUUCCCGACUGAGACGGCUCUGUUCGACCACGUGCACUUCCAACACCACAAGCAACGCCGCUGGCAGUGCCCCGUCGCUGGCUGCGGGAAGACAUUCUAUCUCAGAGCGACCCUGACGAAGCACAGCCGCACCCACACUGACACGCGGCGCUAUGUGUGUGGCACUUGCGGUAAGCGGUUCCUGGACAAGCAGACGUUGGACGAACACGGCGUCACGCAUCUUCAGAUCAAGCCGUUCCAAUGCCACAUCUGCCUGAAGCAACUGACGCGGCGCUCGCGGCUGCGCAUGCACCUGCGCGCGCACGAGGAGGAGCUGUGUCCGCGGCUCGUGCUCGUCUGCGCCGUCUGCGAGCGGGCCUUCCGGGACCCGCAGCACGUGCAGGAACAUGUAACAAGAUCUCCGGAGUGCAUCGAGGAGUUUGCCAACGAGCUGAAGGAGGAAGAGGCUGUUACAGUGCAGCUGUCGCCGACCAGCGGGCUUGUCAGGCACACUGUGCAGAUCGUUGAAUCCCCGAAGCUAUCGAAGCCGAUCCGUCGCGAGGCAUACGGCGCGGCGGCCGAAGCCCUGCUGUCGAGGGUGGCCGACGCCGCCAGGCCCAUCAUCCGCUGCGUCGAGAUCGAAAAGGCGUUCAGGUGUGAAUACUGCGAGGAUGUAUUCUACUCGGAGAGCGGUUUGAACAACCACCGCGUGAUACACAAGGGCGUCAAGAAUCCAUUCACGUGCCACAUCUGUAAAGUUAGCUUCGCCACAUAUUCCAGAUGCACAACCCACAAGACGACCCACGGGUUCUACAAGCGCUCGCUGGCGGACGCCAAGAAGCGCCUGGACACGGCGACUCCUCAAGCUGGCCCGUCCUGUACCGGCAUCCUGGGAUAUGGAGACUUCCCAGUCGUGAAGCACUUCCUCUGCGAGGACUGCGGUCGUUCGUACCUCCACUGGACGUACCUUCAAGUCCAUCGUCGUAUGAAGCAUGCCAACGAGAAUUUCUUAUACAAAUGCAACCAAUGUGAACUGUCUUUCCCUAACAGUUGGAGUCUAUCGUAUCACAGGAAAAAAGUUCAUGGUAAGGUCGACCAAGACGAGAACACUAACAAUAAAACUGCGAAAGAAAAAGAUGAUUUUAAGAUUCCAUGCAGGGAUUGCGACGAGGUGCUGCCAAAUAAAACAGCGCUCUAUAAACACAGGAAGAAGGAACACAGCGACAUGUCUUUACGGAACAACAGUAAAUUGGGAGUGUUCUGGUGCUACGUGUGCGGCCGCCGCUACGGCAGCCGCGCGGGGCUGGAGGCGCACGCGCGCACGCACGCCACGCAGGCCGCACACGGCCCCCACGCCGCCCACGCCGCCCACGCUGCGCACGCCACGCAGCCGCACGCCGCCCAGGCCGCCUGCGGCAAGUGCAACCACACCUUCCGAGACAUCGCCUCGCUCCACGCUCAUCUCAAAGAAGUCCACGGCCAUGAAGUAGACUUCACCUGUUCGGUUUGCAAGAAGUCCUUCAACACUCGCACAGAGCUGUCGUGCCACGCCCGCGGCCACGCCACCAGGGCUCAUGCGUGCCACGUGUGUGGACACGCCUUUAGGACGUUGUCCAUGCUCACUGAGCAUGCGAGGGUCCAUACUGGGGAGAGACCCUUCCCUUGCGAUGUUUGCGGGGUCGCUUUUAGAAGGUCGACAGCCAUGCGCAACCACCGGCUGAUCCACUCGGGGGUGCGGGCGUGGGCGUGCGCCGUGUGCGGCCGGCGCUUCCGGAUCCGGUCCGACCUCCGGACGCAUCUCCGGCUGAAGCAUCCGGCCAGGUUGCUGGUCAUUGAGGUAUCCGGACUGAACCCGAGUCCAGAGGAAGUGAUGGAGCGCCUGACAGCAAACAAAAUUCCACACGACAAGGUCAUUGAGAUCACCAAGAUGUCCUUUCCAAAGGGUACGUCGAGCAUAAUCCCGAAUAGCUCUCGUGCCCUGGACAUGCUGUCUCAUGUGCCCCGGACGCAGGUCGCCGCCAGCCGCAGCAGACCAGAAAGACCUUUUGAGCUGUUCCAACCGGCUCGCCGCGGCCGCGGUAUCGCCAAGAACCCUCGCAAGCCGAAGAUACUCCAGCGUGGAGACCCUUGCACGCUAUCUGACAAGAUGUACUCGAUCAACAACCUGAAUAUGACGCGCUCUGAGGUUCAACAAGGCGAUCUGUCAUCGGCGCCGCAAGUGGAUCCCACUGCCUACCCCGUAGCGCUCAAUGUCUCAGGAGAGGAGCUGCGUGAGCUGAACGUGCAGCUGGUGCUCCGCGACGGCGUGCUGGUGGGGGGCGAGCAGAUGGUCACGCUACAGCUCACUGAUGAGAUGAUGAUGGAGUAGACACAAGCAGCAUGGACAUCACGUCGCUAACGACAUGCGAUUUUAGGGU